AACAUGAGUGUCACACAAUCCUUUGAAGAGAGCUUUACUAUAAUCAAUAAAAAUAACGAAAACUGUGAUACUCCUAUAAUAAGUUAAAGAAGAAUUAAUUGGAAAAUUGAGAUGAGAAAGAAGGUUUUGACAAAACUGCCUAUUAAAAAGCCUGCUCCUAGGCUAUGUAAUUCCACUAAGUCUAAAAACAUACCAAAAAAUAUUUCUAAAGUGAUCACAUAGCAAAUUUUAAAAGGAUACUAUAAUUAACUAAUCUCAUGUCAUCCUAAUUCAUUCUAUUCUUUCAUUAAGAAAAAUAAAAAUAUAUAGAACCUUGAAACUUUGAUCAAAUUAAUGAAACCCCAUAAGAAUAAAGAAAUCAACUCUCUUCAUCAAUGCUUUCGAAAUAUAUGGUAUUUAUUUCUUUAAAUUUAAAGCUGGUAUUUUGUAAAGAAGUAAUAUGUUUCUUAUGUAUUUAAUUCAAAGAUAAAAGAUCCAUAAUGGCAUCUCUAAUUCAGAAACGCCCUGAUGAAAAUUUGUAGGGAAAUAUGA